CAUGUAUGUUUCGUCGUCUGCUCAUCAUACAAACAGGGUAUCAGUCGAAUUGAUUAUAAUGCGGAUAUAAAUAACUUGAAUUUGCAUAGAUCAGAAGUACUUAUUAUUAUAUAUACGCGAAGCGUAUAAUGUCCUUGUAUUGAUUUACAAGAAUAUUUGAACCAAAGUAUUAAUUUGUUUACAAAUGGAGAGAAUUAUCGCAUAUGAGAAAGAAAUUGAAAGGUUGUGAUUACUGAAAGACAAUGGAUGUAGUAUUGAGUUACGCUGAUGAAUACGUCCUUACCCCCUACGUGUAUUCCACGUCAUGGCCAGAGGACAACCCUUUACGACAGAUUUUGAGUUUAUUCCUGGUGACAAAUAUUGGUGGAUAUGUGCUUUACUUUAUUGCUGCUACCCUAAGUUACUGGUUUCUGUUUGAUAAAAGACUGCUCAAGCACCCACUUAUACUAAAGAACCAAAUUCGUCGAGAGAUUAUUUACACAUGUAAAUCGAUUCCCGUAAUGAGUGCACCUACAAUCAGUAUCUUCUUCCUAGAAGUUAGAGGAUAUGGCAAGCUGUAUGAUAAUGUUGGCGAUACCAGACUAGGAUGGUUUGGGAUUAUCCUCAGUGUUGCAACUUUUAUACUGUUCACAGACAUGUGUAUAUACUGGAUACACAGAGGACUGCACCACAAACUGGUCUAUAAAUAUAUUCAUAAAGCUCACCACAUAUGGAAAGUUCCAACACCAUUUGCAAGUCAUGCAUUUCAUCCUGUGGACGGAUUUCUACAAAGUUGUCCAUAUCAUAUAUACCCAUUUCUUUUUCCACUACACAAGUUUACAUAUCUUGGACUAUUUGUAUUUGUGAACUUUUGGACAGUAUCAAUACACGAUGGAUAUUAUCGAGUUCCAGACACGUUUAAACCAAUCGUCAAUGGUUCUGCACACCAUACAGAUCAUCAUCUGUUUUAUAAUUUCAAUUAUGGACAAUUUUUUACAUUGUGGGACAGAAUUGGAAAGACAUUUAGAAAUCCAAGUGCAUUUGAAGGUAAUGGUCCAAUGGUUGAGGCUUUAAAGGCGAUUAAUUUGACUGAUGAAAACAAAAACACUACGAAAAACAAGGCUGAUUAAAGAAAUCUAUAUACAAAAGUGAACAUGGUGACUAUUAUACUUUUGAUUAUACUGUACCAGCGACACCGAUGUUCGUAUAUAGUCGCACAUACACUGUUGUCCGAAUUUUUUGUAUUAUAGUUGACGAAAUUAUUUAUCAAAUGUGUUCUUGUGUUAUAGAAAAGAAUGUAUCAAAUUAUUUUUUAUGAUGUACAUUUAAAUGUAAAAUAAAGAAUCCAAGUUAUAUUUUCGUGAAUAUGAACGUUGAACGUUGAAAUUUAAAAAUUCUGUAUGCCUUUCAGUCAGUUAUCUUGUUAAAUUAUACUUAUUAUUGUUAUUAUUUUUUCAUGAUUUUAAAAUCUAUUUUGUGUAAUGUUGUGAUUCCGACUACGUGAUUGAUUUAUAACUUAUUAAAAGAUUUGCACGUAAAAGAGCAUUUCUGACCUGUAAAAUUUGUGUAGUAUACUUGUCUGUGUUACGUGAUCAUGUGUAUAGAGGAAACAAUUGCAUUAGAUAUUAAUGAA